AUGAGCCGAUCACGCGCCCGCCGGAAGGAGUAUCUGCAUGAGCUCGAGGCAAAACUGCGCAGCUAUGAACAGAUAGGCAUCGAGGCCUCUUCAGAAAUCCAGUAUGCUGCCAGGAAAGUACUAGAAGAGAACCGGAAACUCAGGUCGCUUCUUCAUGGAAGAGGAAUCUCUGAAGCGGAGAUUGUCGCUGCACUUGAAUCGACGUCCGAUCGACACUACAAGCACACUUCUGCCGCCACCAGACUGCAAGCCAUGCUUGAGUCAAGAGUCAACACCAACACGACCUCUUCGACCAGUUCGCCUAUACCUUCAUAUAGCAGAGCCGACUCGUUAUCUCAACACCUCCCAUCAGUGCCGCAUGCUACUAUCCCAUCUGCACGGCCGACAACACUCAGUUGCAACGAUUCGCCCAGUCCAAGAUCCGUGGUAUCAAGUAUGGGCACACCACCACCAGCGUCAUAUCCAGCGAUGCAUUAUACUACUCCAAUGACUCCAUCAGCUGUUCAGAUCAAGUCAGAGCAUGUUCAGUACGACUACCCUUACGAGCAGACAUAUAGCAGCGCUUGGGCCUACUCAAGCGACUGCAACUACACUGCAGAACCGACCUCAUAUUACAACAACACCUCAUCUUGUGUCGACGCUGCCAACAUCAUCCGCACAAUGCGAUCUGGUGUCGGCCCCGAGCUGGAAGUCGAUCUCGGAUGCCACACAUCAGACCGUCAAUGCUAUGUCGACAACGCUACAGUAUUCAACAUGAUGGACCGAUAUUCUCAAAAUCAUGCGGCUAUAUGA